CCACGACAAGGGACCCGAGGCCGAGGAGGGCGUCGAGCUGCAGGAAGGCGGGGACGGCCCCGGGGCGGAGGAGCAGACGGCGGUGGCCAUCGCCAGCGUCCAGCAGGCGGCGUUCGGCGACCACAACAUCCAGUACCAGUUCCGCACAGAGAAUAAUGGAGGACAGGUGACAUACCGCGUAGUCCAGGUGACUGAUGGUCAGCUGGAUGGCCAGGGUGACACAGCUGGCGCCGUCAGCGUCGUGUCCACAGCUGCCUUCGCGGGGGGGCAGCAGGCUGUGACCCAGGUGGGUGUGGACGGGGCAGCCCAGCGCCCCGGCCCCGCUGCUGCCUCUGUGCCCCCAGGUCCCGCCGCACCCUUCCCGCUGGCUGUAAUCCAAAAUCCCUUCAGCAAUGGUGGCAGCCCAGCUGCUGAGGCUGUCAGUGGUGAGGCACGGUUUGCCUACUUCCCAGCAUCCAGUGUGGGAGAUACAACGGCCGUGUCUGUACAGACCACAGACCAGAGUUUGCAGGCCGGAGGCCAGUUCUAUGUCAUGAUGACACCUCAGGACGUGCUUCAGACAGGAACGCAACGGACGAUUGCACCCCGGACACACCCCUACUCUCCAAAAAUUGACGGAACCAGAACACCUCGGGACGAGAGACGGAGAGCUCAGCACAAUGAAGUGGAGCGGAGGCGGAGGGACAAGAUCAACAACUGGAUCGUCCAACUUUCAAAAAUCAUUCCAGAUUGUAAUGCAGACAAUAGCAAGACAGGAGCGAGUAAAGGGGGCAUCCUGUCGAAGGCCUGCGACUACAUCCGGGAGCUGCGCCAGACCAACCAGCGCAUGCAGGAGACCUUCAAGGAGGCCGAGCGGCUGCAGGUAGACAACGAGCUCCUGAGGCAACAGAUCGAGGAGCUGAAGAACGAGAAUGCCCUGCUUCGAGCCCAGCUGCAGCAGCACAACCUGGAGAUGGUGGGCGAGAGUGCCCGGCAGUGAUGCCCGCUCCACCAUGACGCCCCGCCCCCAGCCCUUAGCACAGAGAGGGACAUGUGCCCCUCCCCCAGCUGCGUUUUUUUAUAGUAGAUUUUUAACAAAAAUGAAAUGAAAUAAUGCAUUUCUGUGGAUACAUUACCCACUGCCCUCCUCAACUUGGAAAUGACCCCCCUCCCCACCUGUCUGUCUGCCUCCCUUUUCUGAUCCUCCCCAAGCCCCAGCACCCCUGGUGGCCUCACCAGGGGGCGAGAGGGAGGAGGACAGAGGCCUUGCCAUUUCCUGCUGCCUCCUUGGUCUCUAGAGGUACUGAGACAGGGUGCUUAUGGGAAGGAGGGAGCUUUGGGGGGGCUACCCUGGGGCCUGGACCUAAGCAGGAAGGCCGUGUCCCACCCCACCUCUUGUUUCUGGGUCCCUGCUCCCCUUUGGGGGUGUGUGCGUGCGUGCGUGCGUGUGUGCGUGUGUGUGUGUUUUAAUUUUCUUUAUGGAAAAAUGGUCAAAAAAUAGAGAGAGAGAGAGAGAGGUAUUUAACUGCAAUAAACUGGCCCCAUGUGGCCCCCGCCUUGUC